UACAACUCCCUCUCACAUGGAAAACUCAAUUCAUUCAUCUCCUUCCCAUAUAAAAACUCUUCCCCUUACAAUUCCCAAAAACCACAAUACAACUCCAUUCAAAUCCUAUAGCAAAAGACAUAAACAGAGAGUGAUAUUAAACUAUGCGUUUAAGCUGUAAUGGAUGCCGGGUUCUCCGAAAAGGCUGCAACGAAAAAUGCUCCAUUAAACCCUGUCUUCAAUGGAUUAAAUCCCCUGAAGCACAAUCCAACGCUACCCUUUUUCUCGCUAAGUUCUACGGCCGUGCUGGUCUACUCAAUCUCAUCAAUUCUGGGCCUGACCAUUUGCGUCCUGCUAUUUUCAGUUCUUUGUUGUAUGAAGCAUGUGGCCGUAUUGUAAAUCCCAUCUACGGUUCCGCUGGUUUGUUAACCUCCGGUAACUGGCAACUUUGUCAAGCUGCUGUUGAUGCCGUUCUAAGCGGCGCGUCGAUUGAAAAACUUUCUCCCGACUCGGCUGCAAAUACCGUUUGCCCGUCGCUCAAAGUAUGUGACAUCCGCCACGUGUCCAAGGAAAACGAUUUAACUCCCGAUCUGCACAAGGUGAAGGUGCGAACUAAGUUUAAGCGCGUGUCGGCUAAGCCGCAGCAGAGGAAUCAGUCGCCUGAGGUUGACUAUGCGGCUCGGGUCAUGUGGAGUUGGUCUCAUAAGGAGGAGGAAGUAAUCGGGUCGCCGAGCCGAGACUCGGGUCUGAGCCAACAACGGGAAGGAGAGAGCGGCGACGCUGACAGCGGCUCGGUGGAGACUGUUGAAGCCUCGUUGGCUAAGUUAGAUGAGAGUGAUGUUGGAUUGGAACUGACACUGGGGUUGCAGCCGUUGAUGAAGUCGCCAGAAUGUGGGGCCACCAGAAGUUGAUGAAGAAAUUAAUGGUCUGGAUUAAGACACGUAUACAAUAUAACGGUAGAUCAGCUCGAGCUUGUUUUGAUGGCUGCUUUAAAAAGAUGACUAGAUUAGUAGGUUUCUAUUUCUUUUUUGUUGUUUUUCUUUAAAAUUCUUUGUGCGGCAUGUGGAAUGUGAAUGUUAGAUAUAGAGAAAUUAAUAUACAUAUAUCCGAAGUUAACUGCCCUUUCAUGUUUCGACCUA